GUUUGAGUGGGUCAGCUCCAGAUCUGCACCCCUGGGGUCACGGGCCCGCAAAGAAGCUGGCCUCCACCUCCGAAGGCACCGCCCCGCAGGCAGCAGGAAGAGGUUAACACCGCCCUGCCGGCGUCCUCCUGUGUCCUGUUACUGCUGAGGCAGACCUGCCGGGCCAGCUGAGCAACUUUCCUCCUGAGUGUGCCGCUGGCAGGAGUCGCGGAGGCAGGCCUGAGGCUGAGCUGCAUCCCGCUGGGGGACCCUGCACCUCCGGGUGGAGGGUGGGGCUCCGGGACGAGCGUUCAUGGUGGAUGGCUCUAGAGCUGCUCCCGAGGCUGUGCCAUCCCCCGCAAGUCAGAGGGUCACUGCAGAGACUGCUCGGGCUUGGGCAAGGGAGCCCGCACUGGAGGUAAGCUCCCUCCUGAGCCGCGGUGGCAACCUGCAAGAAGCCCCAUGUGGAACCCAAGAACACAGCCGCCCUGCUGAGAGCACGGCGGCCCAUCCUCCGAGAUCGUGACCUCAAAAAGGUGGCCCCCGGCCCACCACCUCUGGCGGGGGUGGGGGCCGCCCACCUCCAAGUCACCCACCAUGACGACCUCUGCACUUCGACGCCAGGUGAAGAACAUUGUUCACAAUUACUCUGAGGCUGAGAUCAAGGUACGAGAGGCCACCAGCAAUGACCCCUGGGGUCCACCCAGCUCGCUCAUGUCAGAGAUCGCUGACCUGACCUUCAACACGGUGGCCUUCGCCGAGGUCAUGGGCAUGCUGUGGCGGCGGCUCAAUGACAGCGGAAAGAACUGGCGGCAUGUAUACAAGGCACUGACGCUGCUGGACUACCUGCUCAAGACGGGCUCUGAGCGUGUGGCCCACCAGUGCCGGGAGAACCUCUACACCAUCCAAACGCUCAAGGACUUCCAGUACAUUGACCGCGAUGGCAAAGACCAGGGUGUCAACGUGCGUGAGAAGGUCAAGCAGGUCAUGGCCCUGCUCAAGGAUGAGGAACGCCUACGGCAGGAGCGAACCCAUGCCCUCAAGACCAAAGAGCGCAUGGCACUGGAGGGCAUGGGCAUGGGCAGUGGGCAGCUGGGGUUCAACCGACGCUCGAGGGGCUCCCCAUCUUCUUACACCUCCGCAUCCUCAUCCCCACGCUAUGCCUCAGACCUGGAGCAGGCACGGCCCCAGACAUCAGGAGAAGAGGAGCUGCAAUUGCAGCUGGCACUGGCCAUGAGCCGCGAGGAGGCUGAGAAGCCAGUUCCCCCAGCCUCCCACAGGGAUGAGGACCUGCAGCUGCAGCUGGCUCUGAGCCUGAGCCGGCAGGAGCACCAGAAGGGAGUGAGGUCCUGGAGGGAAGAUAACUCUCCCGUGGCCAAUGGUACAGAAACUGCCAGCCGCCAUCCACGGGACAGAGAACCUGGGAGAGAAGAGACUGAGGAGGAGGAGAAACUGAAAACUAGUCAGUCCUCCAUCCUGGACUUGGCUGACAUCUUCGCACCUGCCCCAGCCCCGCCCUCCACACACUGCUCUGCUGACCCAUGGGACAUCCCAGGUCUCAGGCCCAACACAGAACCCAGUGGUUCCUCCUGGGGACCCUCUGCAGACCCCUGGUCUCCAGUCCCCUCUGGAAAUGCCCUGUCUCGAAGUCAGCCUUGGGAUUUGCUUCCUACUCUUUCUUCCUCUGAGCCCUGGGGCAGGACCCCAGUGCUGCCUGCUGGAGCCCCCAUCGCAGACCCCUGGGCACCGAGCUCCCCCAACCACAAACUCCCUGGCACUGGGGCAGACCCUUGGGGGGCCUCUAUGGAGACCUCUGACACCUCUGCUCUAGGUGGUGCCUCAGCCUUUGACCCAUUUGCCAAACCUCCAGAAUCCGCAGAGCCCAAGGAACAGCUGGACAGUGCCCAGCCCCUGCCGGCAGGGAAGUCCAGCAGCCCCGUGGAGCUGGACCCGUUUGGAGACCCUAGCCCUAGUUGCAAGCAAAAUGGCACGAAGGAGCCCGACACCUUUGACCUGGCUGUGCUAGGAGAGACGCUAACGCAGCAGCCUGGCAAGGACGCACGCCCCUGCCGGACUCCGGAGUCCUUCCUGGGUCCCUCGGCAUCUUCCUUGGUCAACCUGGACUCUCUGGUCAAGGCACCCCUGGCUGCCAAGACCCGGAACCCCUUCCUGACAGGUCUCGGCGCUCCGUCCCCCACUAACCCAUUUGGCGCGAGCGAGCAGGGCAGGCCGACCCUGAACCAGAUGCGCACGGGAUCGCCCGCACUGGGCCUGGCGGCGGGCGGGCCCGUCGGGGCGCCCCUGGGCUCUAUGACCUACAGCGCCUCCCUGCCCCUCCCGCUCAGCAGUGUGCCCGUCGGCGCGACCCUCCCCGUCUCCAUCAGCGUCUUCCCGCAGGCGGGCGCCUUCGCACCGCCGUCUUCGAGCCUGCCGCAGCCGCUGCUGCCCACGUCUGGCUCGGCCGGACAGCUGCCCCCGCAGGCUGGCACCAAUCCCUUCCUCUGAGACGCUUCGGCGCCUGCGCGCGAGGCCCCGCCCCGCUGGGUCGGUCGUGCUGGUAGAGGGACUGAGCCAGGCUUCUGUGGAUCCCCGACAUCCGAAUGAAACUAGAGACUGACCACGUGUAGGGGGCGGAGACUGCACCGCCUAGUAGAGUGGAAUCCAUGUCCUCAGCAAUCUCCUUAGCAAAUGGACUUUUUGAGGGGUGUGACAGCUGGGCUAUCAGCCGAGGAAACUACUUCACAGUCUGGAGUGCAGACGUACUCUCAAUUGCCUCAUAGCUGUCUCAAGCCCCAUUCCCAUCCCCUGUCGACCUGGUGCCUGCCUUCCAGGGCUCCCAGCCUCUCUCUCACUUGUUCGCUCAUUCAAUUCAUGUAUCAUACCUCGGUAGCCGGGAUGCACUGAAAGAGACAACAGUCAUUUGUUGCCAUUUCUUGUGUAUUCUUAAGUGUGCUAUGCACUUUAGGCAGAUAAUUUCUUUUAAUCAUUGCAAAAAGCUUCUGAGACAGGUAUGCUUGCAAUUCCACUGUCAGGGCUUCUGAGUUUGUUAAGGCCUGACACAAGCCCAACAUGUAGUGCUCCCUGUCCAAAACUGAGUAAAGAAUUUCAAAACAAGGUUGGCUGUGGUGACACAUACCUGUAAUACCAGCACUCAGUAGGCUGAGGCAGGAGGAUCAAGAGUUCAAGGCCAGCCUGGGCUAAAAAAUAUAUUUUUCAAAGAUAGGGACAGGAAAACAUCUAACUAAGGGCCUAAUCCUCCCAGGUAAGGUGGCACAGGUCUCUCUCACUUUUGCAGUCAGCACUACUCCGAUGUAACAGGACAUCGAGGCUCUGAGAGGUGCAGUGGUAUGUUCAUCACAAAGCUGGGGUAGUGUGGCCAGGAUUCAGACUCAGACAGUCUGGCUCCCCAGCUGGGCCCCAGGUUUAUUCAGCAAACAUUGACCAACUGUCAUGGACAAAAUGCUUGGCUGGCCCAGAAGGGAUCCAAGAAUGGCUGAACCCACAAUCUCCAGAAGCUCAAAGGGCACUAGGCAGAGAAGCCAGCAGCGUGGGAUACAGCUGCAGUGUGACCAGGCACAGAAAACUCUGACCCUGCCCCCUUUACUAGGGCCUAUGGGAACCACCUUGACCAACAACAGAGGUCUGCUGUUGCAGGGUUUAAGAAAACAAAAGUAAAGUAGAAGGAUCUGGGCUUCCAUCCUGGGUGCCACCAUGGUCACCCUCAUUUCUAUGCAAUAACCCCCCUCACUGGGUCACUGGGCACCUAUGUAUUCUCAGGACCCAGGGUCUGACCUGACACACAGCCUAAUGCGGACCCCAUGCUUUUUGGGGUUCACAUGGCCCUGCUUGGGCUGAUGCACCACAGUUGGGGGGCAUCAUACAAUAUCACUGUCCUUCCUGAGUAGGGUAGGGGAAGAGCUGUUCUGCUUCUGUGAGGGAGAAAGGCUCAAAAGGAUGCUGCAGACAGGAGGACUAAGCACCAAACUCUGGAGUCAGCCAUACCCGCCAAACUCUGCUCCCAGGCUGAACUUAAUGACAAUCGCUUGGUAAUAAGUGGUUACCAAUCCUUGACCUUGAGUAAAUUACUUCACUCUC